AUGUCGCAGAAUGAGCAUCCGAUAUCCAACAUUGGGAAGACGCUCUCUGUGACUGCGUCCGCACUGUUGCAGUCGCAGAACAUUUCAGACACAAUCUUAUCUGCGAAAAGUCCAUACGCACAAAUGUUGAAGGAUACGGUGGAUGAAAAGGGUGCUAAAUACCCAUCGAUGGAUCUGGUGGCCAAAUGGAGGGCCGGUCGACAAAACACCGAGAACAAGGAUUCCUUUCAAGACGUCGCCCAGGACAGCAGCAGUUAUUUCAAAAACAGGUUCACCAACGAGAGGAAGGCGUUCCAGUUACUCAGCUACAUAAACGACGAUCUGCUGAAUGACCUGGAUACCACCCCUCACAGCAAAAACAAACUACUCACUCAGGAUCCAGCAAACGAGGAACAACCCCCAUCGUUGUACCAAGGUUUUAACGCAUUGCUGUCGCAGGAGGAGACAGCGUUUUCCAUCACGGAGAGCAACACUUCACAGACUAACAUGAUCGAACCUGAAAUGAACGAGGUGAAACAAGUAGGGAUCAUCAGUGCAGUGAACAACUCACAGGAUCUGGAUCCAGCACUAGUCAAUGCAUCAUAUAACCUUACUGAACUGGCAACAAUGAAAGCCGAUCUGUUGGAGAAACUCAGUAUGCUCCAGAUUAACAAAAAGAUUGCCAUGUUCGAUAUCGAAGAGAUCGAUUCAAAGUUACAGAGACUGAAAAUUCGAAGAGACUUAAUGUUCAACAGGAUCGCAGAUUUGGAGGACAAGGAGUUAUCCAUGGAAAAUAGCAUAAGCUCUAUUGAGGAGAGAGUUAAUAUCUUACAAGAACAUGGACUAGACAACUCCAAAGAAAACUUUUCUGAGAGUGGUGGCAAUUUAGCGAAUUUGCGCACCCCCAUUGUCUCGAUUCCAAACGUGUCCGGCUCAUCUCCAGGUAGAAGGCAGAGUUUCAUAAGCGACAGUUCUUUAGAAGAGAACAUUAACAAUUCGUUAAACUAUAAUGAACUUUUACCGGCAAAACGGCUGAGUGCGUUUUUCCAACAGAGGAACAAAAAACACAAGAAGGCAUUACCGACCCUCCAACAGUACUAUACCAGUGGGAGCCACAUCAAAUCAAUUACCGGUGCGCUUUUGGGACCCGUUUCCUGUCUUGAUUUCGACAUACCCUUCGGAGCACUUUGUUCAGCUGGAUGGCAAGAUCCAGUGGUGAAAGUUUGGGAUCUUUCUAAGAAUAAACAAAUUGGUCUAUUAUCAGGUCAUCUGGCCACUGUCCACUGUAUGGAAAUGGAUAAUAAUUACAAUAUGCUGGCCACUGGGAGUAGAGACGCCACAUUAAAAAUUUGGAACGUUUCUCAGGCUGUCCAAUCCUAUGGGAUAGACCCAGAUACUGUUGCAGACUCCUGUAUAUUCAGUUUCCAAGAACAUUCCGACGAAGUCACCGCCUUGUCCAUCAACUUCAAUCACUUACUCAGUGGUUCACAAGACCGAACUGUUAGACAAUGGGAUAUGAACACCGGUAAAUGCGUUCAAACCCUUGAUGUGAGCUUCGUCAACGCCCUAUCCCAUUCAUUGGUCACAACCCUCGACCCCCCAGUAGUCGGAGCUUUGAAAAGUUAUGACGUCGCACUGGCGACUGGUACCAAAGAUGGGAUGGUACGACUGUGGGAUCUGAGGACCGGUGAGAUUGUACGGACCCUCAAAGGUCACACAGGGGCUAUUUCUUGUUUGAAGUUCGAUUUGCAUAAUCUAAUCACUGGGUCGCUAGACAAUAGUGUCAGAGUAUGGGAUUUAAGAUCAGGGUCAACUUUAGAUGCUUUCAGGUAUCAAUCACCGGUCACGUCAUUGGAUUUCGACGACGAGAAGGUUGCCAUUGCCAAUGGUAGUAACUCGAUCCAGGUUUAUAAUCGAAAAGAACAACGCCAUUGGGUAUGUGGACAAAAUGAAGAAAUGACCGGCUCGACUAACUUUGUGAGACUGAAAAAUGGGUAUUUGGUUGAGGCCCGAGAUAAUGGUGUCAUAAGCACUUGGGCUGUCUGA